GCGGCUGCUCUGAGCGGGAGGCAAGCAUAGCUGGUCUGAGUCUCCGUCCGGGCUGAGAAGCAUCAUGGCCGGCAUCUUGCAAGCCUCCCUGGCUGCUUUCCUCCUGCUGCCUAUGGCCACCGCCAUGCACUCUGACUGCAUCUUCAAGAAGGAGCAAGCCAUGUGCCUGGAGAAGAUCCAGAGGGCGAACGACCUGAUGGGUUUGAACGACUCCUCCCCAGGCUGCCCUGGGAUGUGGGACAACCUCACGUGUUGGAAGCCUGCCCACGUGGGUGAGAUUGUCCUGGUCAGCUGCCCUGAAUUCUUCCAAAUCUUCAACCCAGACCAAGUGUGGAAGCUAGAAACCUUUGGAGAGUUCGAUUUCCCUGACAGUAACUCCUUGGAUCUCUCAGACAUGAGGGUGGUGAGCCGGAACUGCACAGAGGAUGGAUGGUCAGAGCCCUUCCCUCAUUACGUAGAUGCGUGUGGGUUUGAUGACUAUGAUGAGUACGAGCCCGGGGACCAGGAUUAUUACUACUUGUCGGUCAAGGCCCUGUACACAGUUGGUUACAGCACAUCCCUCGUCACCCUCACCACUGCCAUGGUCAUCCUUUGUCGUUUCCGGAAGCUGCACUGCACCCGCAAUUUCAUCCACAUGAACCUGUUCGUGUCGUUCAUGCUGAGGGCCAUCUCUGUCUUCAUCAAAGACUGGAUCCUCUACGCAGAGCAGGACAGCAACCACUGCUUCAUCUCCACCGUGGAAUGCAAGGCUAUAAUGGUUUUCUUCCACUACUGUGUCGUGUCGAACUACUUUUGGCUGUUCAUCGAGGGUCUGUACCUCUUCACCCUGCUAGUGGAGACCUUCUUUCCUGAGAGGAGAUACUUCUACUGGUACACCAUCAUAGGCUGGGGGACACCAACUGUGUGUGUGUCUGUGUGGGCUAUGCUGAGGCUCUACUUCGAUGACACAGGCUGCUGGGAUAUGAAUGACAACACAGCUCUGUGGUGGGUGAUCAAAGGCCCUGUGGUUGGCUCCAUAAUGGUUAACUUUGUUCUCUUCAUUGGCAUCAUCGUUAUCCUUGUGCAGAAACUUCAGUCUCCGGACAUGGGAGGCAAUGAGUCCAGCAUCUACUUCAGCUGCGUGCAGAAAUGCUACUGCAAGCCACAGCGGGCUCAGCAGCACUCCUGCAAGAUGUCAGAACUGUCCACCAUAACUCUACGGCUAGCCCGGUCCACCCUGCUGCUCAUCCCACUGUUUGGAAUCCACUACACGGUAUUCGCCUUCUCCCCGGAGAAUGUCAGCAAGAGGGAGAGACUUGUGUUUGAGCUGGGGCUGGGCUCCUUCCAGGGCUUUGUGGUAGCUGUUCUCUACUGUUUUCUGAAUGGGGAGGUGCAGGCGGAGAUCAAGCGUAAGUGGCGGAGCUGGAAGGUGAACCGCUACUUCACCGUGGACUUCAAGCACCGGCACCCGUCCCUGGCCAGCAGCGGGGUGAACGGGGGCACCCAACUCUCCAUCCUGAGCAAGAGCAGCUCCCAGAUCCGCAUGUCCGGACUCCCGGCUGACAACCUGGCCACCUGA